AUGUUGUUGGGCAUGCCGUGGCUUGAACGGCAUGAUCCUACUAUCGACUGGGAGAAGCGUACGGUCGUACGCUUUGGACACCCGCGGCGCAACAGAGAGCCUUGGCCCUAUACACCUAACGGUGCAUACGAACCUCCUUCAAAGACAGUGGCUCGCGCCGCUGUCUCCGAUCGCAGCGCGAGGAGCGCGAGCUGUCAACGACUCCGGGAGUCGUUGACAGAAAAAGAGUGUCUGGUCCCAGACCAGACACUUCCAGAAAGUUCUCUGCCGCGUCGAGGUAACAACAGUGUGUCAGCUCUGGGAGUUGCGACACACUGCUCCACCGUAAGGCGUCGAGGUGACGACAAUGCAUCGACUCCGGGAGUCGAUGCGACAAGCUGUGUGGACGGUUGCAAACGUCCAGCACUGAAGCUUCAGCCGGGCUGCACGAAGCAGGGCGCGAUCAAGCCGGGCUUGAUGACGCGUGCCCGCGGGUACAAGAACCCGCCGGCGGUCGCCCGCCGACUGGAAUGUCUGCCUGCUGUAUCAAAGAAAAUUCGUCCAUGGCCGGGCCUGGACGAAAUGCAAGUGAAUCCGGGAUUCACAAGAAGAAGCGACGGCUCAAGCACAAGACACAGCGUAAGUCUCGGUCCGGGACCGAGACUCUUCAAGCCACAAGAGCCGACAGUGGCCGUCGAGACGUUGAACGUCUUGACGCGGGCCGGCUGGGUACCAGUACAAGAAAAUGGAGUUAGAGUACCCUCCACC